AUGGGUAUGUUUGACAUAUUAAUAUUAUUUUUAUUAUAUUUUUUUAUAAAUUUUGGGUGUGGCAAAAAAGUUAAAAACGUCACUUUUGCAGUCACGAGGCAUAUACGCUCUGUUGAAUUUCCCGAGGGUAGUGGAAUGGGGAUUUUUUUUGCUAUUGGUUUACCAAUUGAUAUACCUGACAAGUCUGUAUCAUUAUCAUUUUAUUUUGAAGCAAAUUAUAAACUUCCAAAUAAUAAAACAGCCAAUAAUUUUUAUGAUUAUUUACAAGAUAAAAAUUUUAAUCGUAAAUUUGCAUAUGAUGUUAUUCAAAAUAAACUUGAAAAUGCUGGUUAUCCUGGUAAAAAAUGUUUACUUCGUGCAAUUUGUGAAGCUUCAAUAGCACCUUUGAUAAACAAUGGUAUUAUUGGUGAUAUUCUUCAUAUUAUUUUUACACCUUCAAGUUCAUAUAAUGAAAAUUUACCAGACGAUAUUGUGAACGCUGAGAGAAAGACUGAAUGUGCAAAUCAAUACUGUGAAUGUCCCAUUAGUCUGUUAGAUCUCAUUAGUCAUUUUGAAGAUUAUUAA